GUGGUGUCUGGGUGAGCUGAAUUCCCCUCCACAGCCUCGCAGUUUGACGCAUGCGCUUUGGAGUCAAAUCCACACUUAGCCAUUUCCGACGCCACAGAAGAGACAGACUUCAGAUCUUCGAGCAAAAAUCACCUCAAAAUGGACCUCCAAAGCGGCGAUUCUGGCAUCGGGAGCCCCGAUUCGCAGAAAGUGCCGAAGUCCGCGGAAGGGAAGAGCAAAAAACCUGUGGAAAACCAUCUGAACGGGACUCCGAACAACGUUUCACACAAACACUCCGGCCACAAGCACCACCACAAGUCGUCCUCCGGUGACAAACACAAGGAUCCCAACCGGCACAAGCACGACAAGCACGGCGGCGACAAGCCUCGCGAACACAGCAGCAGUGCGGAGAAGAUUAAGGACCCCAACAGGUCGAGCGGGGAGAAACACAGCAGCAGCAAACACAAGGAGCACAGCUCCAAGCCGAAAGACCCAAACAAACCUUCCAAGGACCACUCCUCCAAGCCGAAGGACGGCCACCACAGCGCAGACAAACACAAACACGGCUCGGAGGGGAAACACAAGUCCAGCGGAGACAAGCACAAGGAACGACACAAGGACGGGUCCGCCAAGCACUCCUCCGACAAGCACCGCCCCGACAAGGUCAGGAAGGAAGGCGGCUCGUCUUCAAGUAAACCCAAGUCUUCUGGGGAGGUUAAGGUCAAGACGGAGCCGGGCGUGUCUGAGAAAGGAUCCUCUCCCACCAAACUGGUCAUCAAGAAGGAGAAAGAUGGGUCUCAGCCUGCAGUGAAGAAGGAGCCCCAAGACAGCGAUGAUGACGUUCCCCUGGCGAUGCGAGCACAGGGCGAGAAGCGAGCACACGAGAGCGACUCUGAUGACGAACCCCUGGCUGCCAGGGCUGAGAAGAAGAAGAUCAAGAAGGAGAAGCCUUCAGCAGAGGCGGUUGCUAGGAAACGGAAAGCAGAGAGUGAUGAUGAUGAUGACAAGCCAAUAGCGAAGCCCAAACCCAAGAAGAAGAAAGGGAAGGAGGAGAAGGCAACACCUGAGAAGGGCAAGAAGAAAGCCAAGAAGGAGGAGCCAGAAGUCUGGAAAUGGUGGGAAGAGGGUCCCCGUGAGGAGGGAGUGAAGUGGAAGUUUCUGGAGCACAAAGGGCCCGUUUUCGCCCCCGCCUAUGAGCCGCUGCCCGACAGCGUGGAGUUCCUGUAUGAUGGGAAGCCCAUGAAGCUGAGCGAGGAGACGGAGGAGGUUGCCGGGUUCUUCGGCCGCAUGCUGGACCACGACUACGUCACCAAGGACGCCUUCCGAAAAAACUUCUUCCACGACUGGCGCAAGGUCAUGACCCCUGAGGAACGCAAGGUCAUCACAAACCUGGACAAGUGCGACUUCCGGCAGAUGGACGUCUACUACAAGCAGAAAUCUGAGGAGAGGAAGGCCAUGACUAAGGAGCAGAAACAGGAGAUAAAGAAGCAGAACGAGGCGACGGUGGAGGAGUACGGCUUCUGCAACAUCGACGGCCACAAGCAGCGCAUCGGAAACUUCAAGAUCGAGCCUCCGGGCCUGUUCCGCGGCCGCGGGGACCACCCCAAGAUGGGCAUGCACAAGAAACGGGUCCGGCCGGAGGACGUUAUCAUCAACUGUAGCAAGGACUCAGUGUACCCCAAGGCACCCCCCGGCCACAAGUGGAAGGAGGUUCGACACGACAACUCCGUAACGUGGCUGGCCAGCUGGUCGGAGAACAUCCAGGGCUCCAUCAAGUACGUCAUGCUCAACGCAACAUCCAGACUCAAGGGUGAGAAGGACUGGAUGAAGUACGAGACAGCGCGGAAGCUGCACAAGUGCGUGGACCGGAUCCGGGCGCAGUACCGCGAGGAGUGGAAGUCCAAGGAGAUGAGGAUACGGCAGCGAGCCGUGGCGCUCUACUUCAUCGACAAGCUCGCCCUGAGAGCGGGUAACGAGAAGGACUCAGACGAGGCGGCAGACACGGUCGGCUGCUGCUCUCUGCGUGUCGAGCACAUCAACCUUCACCGCGAACACGAGGGCAAGGAGUUCGUGGUCGAGUUUGACUUCCUGGGAAAAGAUUCCAUCCGCUACCACAACUUCGUGGCUGUGGAGAAGAAGGUGUUUAAGAACCUGCAGCUGUUCAAGGAGAACAAGUCGGACGGAGACGACCUGUUCGACCGGCUGAACACGACGAUCCUGAACAAGCACCUGCAGGACAUGAUGGAGGGUCUGACGGCCAAGGUCUUCAGGACGUACAAUGCCUCCAACACACUACAGCAACAGCUGCAGCUCCUCACCAACAGUGAGGACUCUGUAGCUGCCAAGAUUCUGUCGUACAACCGAGCGAACCGCGCCGUGGCCAUCCUCUGCAACCAUCAGCGCUCCGUGCCCAAAACAUUCGAGAAGUCCAUGAGCAACCUGCAGGCAAAGAUAGACAAGAAGAAGGAAGACAUCAAGAAGUCCAGGAAGGAGUACAAGGGGCUGAAGGCCGACUACAAGCACAAACGAGACGCCAAGACAGCGGGGAUGUUGGAGCGUAAGAAGAAGCAGAUGGAACGUCUGGAGGAGCAGCUCAUGAAGCUGGAGGUGCAGGCCACUGACAAGGAGGAGAACAAAGAGAUCGCUCUCGGCACCUCCAAGCUCAACUACCUGGACCCACGCAUCUCUGUGGCAUGGUGUAAGAAGUGGGAAGUCCCAGUGGAGAAGAUCUACAAUAAGACGCAGCGGGACAAGUUUGCCUGGGCCCUCGACAUGGCCGACGAGACCUUCGAGUUCUAACCAAGCCUCUUCAAGACGCCCUCCAAGGAGUCUGCCGUCUUCUCAA